AUGGACAUGCUUGAAGUUGACAUUGGCACGCUCGAUUCGUGGAUUGAGCAGCUGUUUGAGUGCAAGCAGCUGAGCGAGCUUAGCGUCAAGAAUCUCUGCGACAAGGCAAGUGCCAAGGAGGUUCUCAUGCAAGAGUCGAACGUGCAGCCCGUGCGCUGUCCGGUAACGGUGUGCGGUGACAUCCACGGACAAUUCCAUGACCUUGUGGAACUGUUCAAAAUCGGCGGCAAUUCACCUGACACAAACUACCUGUUCAUGGGCGACUAUGUUGACCGCGGGUACUAUUCGGUGGAGACAGUGACGCUGCUGGUGGCAAUGAAGAUUCGGUUCCCCGAGCGCAUUACCAUUCUGCGCGGCAAUCACGAGAGCAGACAGAUUACGCAGGUGUAUGGCUUCUACGACGAGUGCCUGCGCAAAUACGGCAACGCAGAGGUGUGGAAGCACUUUACGGACCUGUUUGACUACCUGCCGCUGACCGCCCUCAUUGAGGAGCAGAUUUUCUGCCUCCACGGCGGUCUGUCACCCAGCAUCGACACGCUUGACCAUAUCCGCUCGCUGGACCGCGGCCCCAUGUGCGACCUGCUGUGGUCAGACCCCGACGACCGGUGCGGAUGGGGCAUCUCGCCUCGCGGCGCCGGCUACACAUUCGGCCAGGACAUCUCGGAGGCGUUCAACCACAACAACGGCCUGACCCUGAUUGCCCGUGCUCACCAGCUCGUCAUGGAGGGCUACAACUGGAGCCAGGAGAAGAACGUCGUCACCAUCUUCAGUGCGCCCAACUACUGCUACCGCUGUGGCAACCAGGCCGCCAUCAUGGAGAUUGACUGA